UUCGCGCAUGCGUACUUUUUGCGUGAUCCGCUGGCCUCGCUGCGUAGCCGUUGUUGUCUUUUCGGUUGGCGUGCUGCUCCCGCCCCUGCCAACCGCCGCCGCCGCCUCCACCACUCACAAAGCCCACGCCAUGGCAGACCCUCGCGUCCGGCAGAUCAAAAUUAAAACGGGCGUAGUGAAGCGCUUGGCAAAAGAAAAGGUUAUGUAUGAAAAAGAAGCAAAACAGCAAGAAGAAAAGAUUGAGAAAAUGAAAGCUGAAGAUUCUGAAAAUUAUGCAAUUAAAAAACAGAUUGAGGUCUUGCAAGAAUCUCGAAUGAUGAUUCCUGAUUGCCAACGCAGAUUAGAAGCUGCACAUGCGGAUCUUGCUCAGCUAUUAGAAAAUGAAAAAGAGUUGGAAGAAGCUGAAGAAUAUAAAGAAGCACGUUCGGUACUUGACUCAAUAAAGUUAGAAGCCUAGAUAGAGUACUGAAAAAUCAAUGUAUGCUUUGGGUCCAUUGUUACAUAAAUGGUCAAACAUUAGUAAAAUGUAUUCCCUAAAGUAGUGUUAGGAAUGAUGAUGUGCUCAAAUGAUCUGUACCUUUUUUCAAAACCAUUUUUGAAAGUUGUAAAAUCCACAAUACAAAUUACAAAUAAAAACAAAAAGAACAAGCCCA